CCUCGCGACAUUCUAUCCGGCACUCAGCGGAAACAUGUCGGGGAGGAGAGAGCCGUGCGGAGGAACUGCGCUUCUGAAAUGGACACCUAAGACAUAAAGUGAACGUCGAUCUGCCCGGACGGAUGGUGGCGUUUUAGUCGAGUUAGCAGCUGCUGAGGCCGAGCUACUAUUUCACGACAGCGGGCUAAGAGACAGGAAAUAGCAGACUAACAGGUCAGGCGGCUGGGUCGGUGUUAACACAGGGAGAGAGAGGGGAGAGAGGGGGGAGACAGCGUGUGCGUACUCUAAACAAGACAGGGUCGCUGCUCGGAAGGGGAUGUUAUCCGUACUGUCUUAUGGCAGACUGGUAGCCAGGGCUGUCCUGGGCGGACUCUCUCAGACGGACAGUCGGGACUACAGCCUGAUCACCGCCAGCUAUGGCUUCGGCAAAGACUUUCGAAAGGGCAUCCUGAAGAAGGGGAUGUGCUACGGCGACGACGCGUGCUUCAUAGCGCAGAACAGGAACGCCGAUGUUUUGGGUGUUGCAGACGGCGUAGGCGGUUGGCGUGACUACGGCGUCGACCCGUCCCAGUUCUCCGCCACGUUGAUGAGAACCUGUGAGCGACUGGUGAAGGAGGGACGCUUCACUCCCAGUAACCCAGUGGGUAUCCUGACCUCUGGCUACUACGAGCUCCUCCAGAACAAAGUCCCCCUGCUAGGAAGCAGCACGGCCUGUAUCGUCGCUCUGGAUCGACGGAGUCACCGGUUACACGCGUGCAACCUCGGGGACUCGGGCUUCCUGGUGGUUCGGGAAGGAGAGGUGGUUCAUCGCUCGGACGAGCAGCAGCACUAUUUCAACACGCCUUUCCAGCUGUCCAUUGCUCCUCCUGGAGCUGAAGGGGUGGUGCUAAGUGACAGCCCCGAAGCAGCUGACAGCUCCUCUUUCGAUGUGCAGCUCGGUGACAUCAUCCUGACGGCCACCGACGGCCUGUUUGACAACAUGCCAGACUACAUGAUUCUUCAGGAGCUCAAAAAACUUAAGACUUCCAACUAUGACAGCAUCCUGCAGACUGCACAGAGCAUUGCAAAGCAAGCUCACGACCUUGCCUAUGACCCCAAUUAUAUGUCUCCCUUUGCACAGUUUGCCUGUGACAAUGGCCUGAAUGUAAGGGGAGGGAAGCCAGAUGAUAUCACGGUGCUGCUGUCCAUUGUGGCUGAAUAUACAGAUUGAAAGUGUGUGUGUGUGUGUGUGAGAGAGUGUGUGUGUGUUUGUGUGCGCGCACGCUUAUCUGGGGCUGAUCAUCUCUUCCCGUCCGCCUGAAUCUUACACCUCUCCAAAAACGCGCUGCAUCCUGUGGGUCGCCGUGGAGGCCCGACAUCACAGCACACACACCCCUCCCCGCCCGGGCCGACGGCCACUUGUGUACAUUUUUGUUCUCUUCCUCUGUUUUUGCUGCGUGAACGGUUGAGGGGAAGCAGGCAGCUAGGACUCCGUGUCGACCAUGAGUAUGACGGGCUACGGCGUUCCCAUCGGUCUCCCUGUGUGCAGUAAACCCUUGUGUGUGUGACGUGAGCGGGCGAAGGUUCCCUGGGAGAGUAGUGAGUAGACCGUUGAACCCGGCUGGCUGUCUUGGGGUUUCCAGUCGUUCGCCUGCUCCUCCUUGUGGACGAACAAAGCAUAACAAUGGAUGGGUGUCAUUAGAGAAUUGGGAUUAGAAGGUUGGGUCUCAAUCUCCUGGGUUUGGGAAUGUGAGCAAUGGAAGAGCCAACUAUUAAUCAAAGGGAAACCACUUCGAUCGGUCAGUGCGCACAUCCUGAUAAGUUGUAAAUAUUUUUGUGUUUUUAGGGCUUGAUUCUGGCCUCUCUGUUGUUUUGGUUAUUAAAGCAAAGAGCUAUUUUGUUACUUUUGUGGAGGAUGUACACAUGUGCAUUCAUAGAUAUAUUUUCCUGUAUAGAUGUUAAUCUCUGAGUUUUUUUUAUUUUUAUUUAUCCUACACUUGCACUCGCUGAAAUGAACAAGAAUAGAUCGCUGCAACGGCCGUGUGGUAGGAAGGGUGGAAAAGCAUGUGAGAGGUAUAAAUGUUAGAAGUCGUUAUUGGAAUAUGUGGUGUAUUUUAAUGUGGAUGUCUGUCGUCCCACAAAGCUAAAGCUAGCAUUUGGGAAUGCUUACAAUUGCAAUAACGGGUCACGCAGGAAAAUAUGUAUUUUGUCAAUGUCAUUUAGUUCUAAAAAUAGGAGUAAACUGCUGACAUGAAACGUGGAGGCUGGAUUGUAGAUCCUACCAUCUUAAUGAGAAUCAGGUGUGUGUUCUUUCAGUACCGUAUUUCCCUUUCUUUUUUCUUUUCUUUUUUUAAUGUGUUUGCUGCUUCCCUUUUGUAAUUCAAAUGUCUGUGUACGUGUACGUGUGUGUGUGUGUGUGUGUGUGUGUGUGUGUGUGUGUGUGUGUGUGUGUGUGUGUGUGUGUGUGUGUGUGUGUGUGUGUGUGUGUGUGUGUGUGUGUGUGUGUGAGACUCAUCAAAUGGCAUUUUUAAAUGACACUAAUCUACAAUUCUGCUCAUGAUCGUCUGCCCCUUGUCCAACCCGUUCACCCGAGCGGUUUGGACAAUAUCUUUACAGUUUAAAUCCAGGGGCAACCAAAGACACAUUUUGUUUGUGUAUGUUAUACACAACGCUUUGUUGUUACAAACAUCUCACGGCAGUACUGUAAAUGUCUUCGGAAAUGUUCUGAGGGGCAUUGAAAUGCCUUCUCUAUGCCUAAAGUAGUUUUAUCAGAGCAUCAUACUGUGGCGUUUCAGUUAUAUUUCCUUGGUUACAACCAAGUAUAAGACCGGUUAUGACACCAAAGAAGGAAAGCCAUAUAUACAUAUAGACGACACCAUUAUUAGUAAAAUAGUAUCUACAUGGCUUCUGUCUCAGCUACUGGCACCGUUUGGGUUCUUUUGUCACAAUUGUCAUCUGUUGCUUUUUUUUCUCCGGUGUUUUAUCAUUGGUGUUUAAAAGUUCUGAACUUGUAAUUACUUAAAAUCGCCCUAUACUUGACAGAUGUCACUCGUAUGCCGAAGGAGGGGCGUUUAGAUGGGUAAUGGUGCUGUGAACUAAUGUUAAUGGGGCGAGCACAGUUUCAGCCUUAACAAAUAGCUAAACCUGCAAUCGAGGCCUUUCCUGUCGUUGCAAGCUUGUGGUGUCUUGUCCCGGCCGUGCUGCCCUUGUGUUUGAUGUAAGUGAAGUCUCCCCACGUCCUUCUCUCCUGUGAAGUUGUACUCAAAGUGGCUUCUGCAGUCUGUAUGGUACGAUUGUCCUCUUUUCAGCAAGCGAUGUCUGUGUGUGUGUGUGAGAGAUGCACCUAUGUCUACAGUGAAACAAUGCAGGUCUAAUUUCUGUAAAUAUGUUUUGAAAUAUGUAAAAUAUUUAAAUAAAGAAUCUAGUAUUUAUACUAAA